AUGAAUAUGCUGCGAUUCAGCUACAACAAAACCGCUGCCAGAUCAGCCCUGCUCAAGCGGCAUUACCACGAGCACGUCGUAUACGGCUACCGCGUGCCCAAGCCACGCAGCUACCCAGACUUUUCGCCCGAGCAGCUCAAGAACCGGCAGACACAGGCGACCCUAGUCGGCCUGGUCAACGCCUUCCGCGCCAGCGGCCACCGUGCCACAGACCUCGACCCACUCGGUCUGCAGGAGCGCACCAAGGUGCCGGAUCUGGAUCCUGCUCGCUACGGCCUCACCGACAUGGACCGCAUGGUCAACACCGACGGCAUCCUGUCGCUCGAUUCUUCGGGCACCAAGCAGGCUAGGCUCAAGGACAUCUACCAGGCACUGACCGACACGUACUGCGGGCAUCUGGCGUAUGAGUUUGAGCAUAUCCCCGAGACUGCCGAGCGCCGGUGGUUUGCAGACUUUGUGGAGACCAUGGGUCGCACAAUCGAAGUUGACGACAGCAAGCGCCGCCGCUACUACGAGCUCCUAGCGCGCUCGGAGACCUUUGACAAGUUCAUGCAGAAAAAGUUUGGCCAGGUCAAGCGCUACGGGCUUGAGGGUGCUGAAAGCGCUAUUGUUGCGCUCGACGAGCUAUUUGCGCUGUGUAACCACGCUGGCAUCAAAGAGGCAGUGCUUGGCAUGCCGCAUCGUGGGCGUCUCAAUAUCCUCAUCGACCUGCUAAAGUACCAGCCACGCAAGCUGUUCCACAAGCUGGCUGGCAACGCAGAGUUCCCUGAAGACCUGCCCGUAUCGGGCGAUGUGAUCUCUCACCUGGCCAGCUCGCCGAGGCUCAACUAUGGCGCAUCUGACGACCUGCAUGUCACGAUGCUGCACAACCCGUCGCACCUGGAGGCCGUCAACCCAGUGGUCGCUGGCUAUGGGCGCGCAAAGCAGAUGUACCUGUAUGAGCGGAACACCGAUCCCGCCUGUGCCCUCGGCGACCGGCUAAUCGGCAUCCAGGUGCAUGGCGACGCAGCCUUCACCGGCCAGGGCGUGAUCAUGGAGACCCUGGGUCUGUCGAACUUGCCGCAUUUCAGUCUUGGUGGUACCAUCCAUGUGAUUGUCAACAACCAGAUCGGAUAUACGACUCCGGCGACCAACGCGCGCUCGACCUUCUACACAUCGGACAUUGGCAAGAUGAUCAACGCCCCUGUCAUCCACGUCAACGGCGACUACCCGGAGGAGGUCGCCAAGGCCAUGCGUGUUGCAUUCGAGUACCGCAAAAUGUUCCGCAAGGACGUCAUCAUUGACCUGAUCACGUUCCGCCGCUGGGGCCACAACGAGCUUGACGAGCCGUCAUUCACCCAGCCAACCAUGUACAACAUCAUCCGUGCCCGCGAGAGUGUCCCAAAGAUGUACGAGCGCAAGAUGCAGGAGACCAGUGUGAUCACCGGAGACCACGCACAGGCGACACGCGAGUCGUUCAACCAGUUCCUCGAAGAUGAGCUUACAGCCAGCAAGCAAUAUGUGCCCGAGGCCGACCAUCUCACAGGCAAGUGGGAGGGCAUGACUAUGCCGACUGAAGCCGUGUCGACUAUUGACACUGGUGCGCCGAUCGAGGUGCUGAAGGAGGUGCAUCCACGCCUGCUCAAGCACCACAUCAAGCCACGCAUCAAGCGGCUAGCUGAGGGACCCAAUGUCGACUGGGCGACUGCCGAGGCCAUGGCCUUUGGCACGCUGCUCAAGGAGGGCUACAACAUCCGACUCUGUGGACAGGACGUGGGCCGCGGCACAUUUAGCCAGCGCCACGCGAUGCUGGUCGACCAAGAGUCUGAGAACGUCUAUAUCCCGCUCAACAACAUUGACGACGCGCAGGGAAAGCUGGAAGUAGCAAACUCGAACCUGAGCGAGCUGGCUGUGCUGGGCUUCGAGUAUGGCGUGUCAAUCCAGAGCCCCAAUAUCCUUCCUAUCUGGGAGGCGCAGUUUGGCGACUUCUUCAAUACCGCCCAGGUCAUCAUUGACACGUAUUUAGCCAGUGGUGAGACAAAAUGGCUGCGGCAGUCUGGCCUCGUAAUGCUUCUGCCCCAUGGCACUCGUCGUGUCCGCAUUGAGCGGUUCCUGCAGCUCUGCAACACGCCUAUGGACAUGUCGGCCGACAUAACCCAGAACCCGAACAUGCACGUGGUCGUGCCAACUACGCCUGCCCAGAUGUUCCACUUGCUGCGACGCCAGAUGAAGCGCAGUUUCCGCAAGCCUCUGGUGGUCGCAGGCCCAAAGACCCUGCUGCGCCUGGCUGCUGCAACAUCGACACUCGAAGAUAUGGCCCCAGGCACGUCGUUCCAGCCUGUACUCAAGGACACGCUGGCCAGUGACCCCACCAGCGUCAAACGUGUUGUGUUUGUGUCUGGUAAGCUGUACUAUGACCUGGCCAAAUCCUAUGAUGCUACCACUAGCAACUGUGGCCAUUGUGCGGCUCGAAGAGCUUGCACCGUUCCCACGCGCCCAAGUGCUCGCGGAGCUGUCCAGGAUUCCCGAACGCCGAUCAGGGCAUACGCCUUUGUGCAGCCGCGCCUGCAGUCGCUGCUCCCCGAAGGAGCAGUCCUCAAUUAUGUCGGCCGAGACCCGCUGGCCGCCCCCGUUACUGGAGUUUCCAAGGUGUACAAGGCCGAGCAGGCUGCUGUAAUCAACGCCGCACUCGCAUAG